CUAUCAUGGUACCAAAGUAUUCAUCAUCAUCAAUUAAUUUUGAUCUGUGAAAUUCAAAACAUGCAUCUGAAUGUUAUUUUUAACAAAACAUCGAAUGAUGAGUACGGAUUUUGCCUUCUUCCGUUUCCUACACCAAAAUGUGUUUCUAAAUACAACAAUACCUUAUUACAUCAGGAUAUUACAAAAAACCAGACAAUAUUGACAAUUAAAAGUUCCGAGGACAAAAUAUUAAACGGUGUAUGGAUUUGUUCCUAUGGAUCAACUGUAGUAAAUGUAAGUGUGACCAUGAAAACAGCCUUUGAUGUAGGAGAGCAUGUAAAACACAGUGGUACCAUUUUGAAAGUAACUAUAGAAGGAGCAAAACUGACACUUAUAUGUAAAGUCGAUAUUCUUGAAUCAUAUAUAACAAUCAUCAACCCAAACGGAUUAGUUGUUGGAAAGUGCUUACCACCUCCUUAUAAUCGAUCAUUUGGCGUAUGUACAAAUAAUUUGGAACAGUUCUUAGACUCAAACCGAACAAUAAUGACACUCAAUAUGUCUAUCAAUGAGAAUUUAGGUGGUACGUGGAUAUGUGCUCAUGGAAGUAAUGAAUCAAAAGAUACGAUUUAUGUUGCAGAACAAAGCACUUUCGGGGCUUCUCUAAAGACUGGACCAAAUGAGCAAAAAUACAAAACUCUGUUAAUCAUAUUCUGUGUUAUCACCAGCGUGCCUCUUAUUGCAGCAUCGAUAUAUUUUAUGAAGAAAAGACACACAUCAAUCUUUCGAAAGAAAAAUCCGGAAGAAAAUAUAGGAUUCGUAAAUGAAUUUGAAUAGAGUAAACCGUGUGUAGUAACUGUCUACAAGAGGUUGAGAGAGAACUUACUGGAAAAAAUGGUUUCCUACAUGAACAUAUACUGAACUAUAGCUAGUGAAGAGUUUAAGUAUCACUUUCGCUGUUUGUAUGAUCUGUGUAUGAAUUUUUAUUUGAUUUUUCAUCUGAUGUUAACGGACUCGAA